GGAGCCUUCCACCUUCUUCCUGGUUCCUGCUCUCUCUCUCUCUAACAUAACAGUAGAGCAAACAUAAUCCAUAAGCUUGCGUUUCAUUUCCUUCUCUAAAUCUCUUUUUUGAGACCACAACUUGUCAACUUGAGGCCAUAAUUAUGCCAAACACCCUGGGAAAAAACCUCUAUCUCUGCUUCAAAAGUAUCAGAUUCCCAUUAGCCUCCCACCUUUCCUCUUCGCAGCCGCUAACCCCAGAUGAUAGCCGCCGUCUAUUAACCUCCUGCACCGCGUCAUCAGCCAUCUUCAAAAACUAUAACUCCCUCUAUGACAACACCUUCGACUACUCAACCUCCAAAUCCUUAACCCACUCUUCAUCUCUCUCCUUCGACCCGGAGCCCGAAUCUGACUCCGAACCCGACUUCGCCACCGUUUUCGCUUCACAGCGCUUCUUCUUCACUUCUCCCGGUAUCUCUAACUCCAUAAUUGAAUCAACACCGUCGCCAUCGAUGGCCACUACGCCGGAGUCAUCGGAUACUGCAGUAUUACCCGGCAGUUCCAGUCCCAUGGAUAUCGCAAAUGAAUCCUCCAACGACGACGGUUGCUGCGAUCGUCCGAGUCAUGAAUAUAGCCCCCCGACGACAGUCGAAAACAGUGUCGCCAUCCCGACCGUCUCUCCCGACCCAUUCAUGGAUUUCAGGAGAUCCAUGCAAGAAAUGGUGGAGGCUCGUGACUUAAUCGACGUCAACGCUAACUGGGAAUACUUGCAUGAGCUUCUCUUGUGUGCUACUAAAGCUGAUGCUUGGAACUAA